AUGAAGCUGAUGAGGGACUUCCUGGGGAAAGGCCAUUCCCUGUUCAUGGAUAAUUUUUAUAAUAGUUUUGUCUUAUCAUCCAAACUUUUACGUCAUUCAACCUACACUACCGGCACCCUACGCAUCGACAGACUCCAUACACCUCCAGCGGUGAAGGCAAAGGCAUUGGGCAAAGGUGAAACGAUAGCAAACUAUGCCCAAAGUGUCAUGAUUGGAAAAUGGAGGGAUAAGCGGACGGUGACCUACAUCUCCACACAAUAUGACAACGAGAUGGUCCAAACCACCAACCGGAGAAAACAAAAACGAACGCUGCCAAAACCAAUCAUGUACUACAACUCUUACAUGAAGGGGACUGACCGCUUGGACCAAAUGGUAUCGUAUUACCCCUGUGAGCGCAAGACCCUGCGAUGGCACAAGAAAAUUUUUGUGCACUUUCUCCAGGUUGUUGUUGUAAAUUCUUUUUAUCUGUACAACAUGUACAACUCAGAUAGGCUGUACCUGUAUGACUUCCGAGUUCGUGUACUUGAAGACCUGCUCCCUCCAAAGGAAGCCCCACUGCUCAUCACACCGACUCGCAACAGCAUGCAUCGUCUCUCCAAAUCAAUGAAGCGCAAAGGAAACGGCAAGUCAGUUACCCGGAGGUGCCGCGUUUGCUACCAAGAAGGCAAGCGUAAGGAAACAGUAUACUAUUGUGCAGUGUGCCCUGACGAACCAGCUCUGUGUGAACUCGGUUGCUUUGAUAAGUAUCACGAGGGCAAAUAA